AUGCCAUCAGCAUCUUCAAAACCCAGGAUCCUGCCUGUGAAUUUACCAGAGAGACCUCUCUGCAAAAUUGUUCCAAGUAGACCUCAGCCCCACUGCUUCGUUCUGCCAGUGGGCUUGGAGCUCUGGGUUUAUGUUCAGAAAAUGCGUAACCUGCAGAAGAAGAGAAUGGAGGCGUCCUGCCUGGAGCUGGCCCUGGAAGGAGAGCGCUUGUGCAAGGCUGGGGACUUCAAAGCUGGGGCAGCCUUCUUUGAAGCAGCGGUGCAGGUGGGGACAGAGGACCUGAAGACUCUCAGUGCCAUCUACAGUCAGCUGGGCAAUGCCUAUUUCUACCUAAAGGAGUACUCCAAGGCGCUGGAGUACCAUAAACACGACCUUACCCUGGCCAGAACCAUUGGAGACCGCAUUGGAGAAGCGAAGGCAAGUGGCAACCUUGGGAAUACAUUGAAAAUACUUGGGCAGUUUGAUGAAGCUGUUGUGUGUUGCCAGAGACACUUGGACAUUUCUCAGGAGCAGGGAGACAAGGUAGGUGAAGCCAGAGCACUCUAUAAUAUAGGAAAUGUUUACCAUGCGAAGGGAAAGCACUUAUCUUGGAACAUGGCCCAAGACCCAGGCUACCUGACUCAGGAAGUCAAGGAAACGCUACAGAAAGCUUCAGAAUAUUAUGAGAGGAACCUGUCCCUGGUGAAGGAGCUGGGGGACAGAGCUGCGCAGGGCCGUGCUUAUGGCAACCUCGGCAACACCCAGUACUUGCUUGGCAACUUCAGUGAAGCUAUAGCCUUCCACAAGGAGCGCCUGGCCAUUGCUAAGGAGUUUGGGGACAAGGCAGCUGAGCGGAGAGCAUACAGCAACCUGGGCAAUGCACACAUCUUCCUUGGGAGGUUUGACAUCUCUGCUGAGUACUACAAGAAAACCCUCCAGCUCUCCAGACAACUCAAAGACCAAGCAGUAGAAGCCCAGGCUUGCUACAGUCUUGGAAACACAUACACGCUGCUUCAAGACUAUGAAAGAGCGAUUGAGUACCAUCUGAAACACCUGGUGAUAGCCCAGGAGCUGGGGGACAGGGUGGGAGAAGGAAGAGCCUGCUGGAGUCUGGGAAAUGCCUAUGUCUCCCUGGGGAGCCACGAACAAGCCUUGCACUUUGCAAGGAAACAUCUUGAAAUCUCCCAAGAGAUCGGGGACCGGAACGGCGAGCUGGCAGCACAGGUGAACAUGGCCCAGCUCAAGUCAGCCCUCGGCUUGGGCCCCGGGGACGAGGAUGUGGGCUUGGCUCACCACUAUUCUGGCUAUGAAGCACAAGGAGCCAGGCCAAAGAGACUCCAAAGGAACAGCAUGGACAGCUUAGACCUCCUGAAGUUCCCUUCUGAAAAGGACCAAAAUGGGGACAGCCAUCAUGUGGGAGACCUGAAGAUUUCGGGAAAAGACUUCUUGUCUUUACCUGCGAGGUCAAAGAAAUACCGGGAGCAGCACUCCGGUUCAGAGAGGAAGUCCCAAGGAUCAAGCACAUCACCACUGGAUACGAGUGAAGUCCGAGUCCAAGUGUCACAAUCGAAAAUCAGCCGGACCCCUCUGGAUGAGGAAUGCUUCUUUGACCUGUUGAGCAAGUUCCAGAGCAACCGGAUGGAUGAUCAGCGCUGCCCCUUGGAAGAAUGCCCACCCGAGGCUGCAGAGGCAGCUGCCACGCCGGUCCCUGCGCUGGAGGAGCGGAUACCUCAGUCCUCCUUGAUGGCGUCACCGCAGACGGAGGAGUUCUUCGAUCUCGGGGACGCCCAGGAGCCCGGGGACGAGUUCUUCAACAUGCUCAUGAAGUGUCAGUCCUCCAGGAUAGACGACCAGCGCUGCGCACCGCCGGACUCCAUUCCCCGAGGCCCCACCAUGCCAGACGAAGACUUUUUCAGCCUCAUCCAGCGCGUCCAGGCCAAACGCAUGGACGAGCAGCGGGUCGAUUUGGCCUCAGCCCAGGAGGAGGCAGCGGAGGAGCCGCAGAGGCCUGGUUCCAGCUAA